CUCUGAUGCGCGCGCAAGUCACCCAGCCAUAUUGGGUGUGAUAUGUUUACAGUGUUUUAUUUGAUAAAGGUGGUCAAUGAUCUAUGUACAUUCAUUAAAGCCACCCGUUGCAAAAAGAGAGGAGGAAACACGAGAUGGCAAAUUUGUUCAUCAAACAGGCAAUGCAGUAUGCAAAAGGCCGUCCUUCUUAUCCAGCGGAAUUAUUCAGUUUUAUUGCGGAAAAAACUCCGGAGCAUAAGCUAGCUUGGGAUGUCGGCACAGGUAGCGGCCAAGCUGCAAAGUCUUUGGCAGAGCACUAUGAGAACGUUAUCGCUACAGACACAAGUCCAAAGCAGCUAGAAUUGGCACCAAAAUUACCAAAUAUCCGCUACGAGCACACCUCCCCAACGAUGCCCAAAGAAGAGCUUCGACAAAAAGUAGCUCCAGAAUCAAGCGUGGAUCUGGUGGCGAUCGCCCAAGCCAUACACUGGUUCGACCUUCCAGUAUUUUACGAGCAAGCCAGAUGGGUGCUGAAAAAACCGCAUGGGGUCAUCGCCGCCUGGUGCUACACUCUUCCCGAGGUCAACCCAGAUAUGGAUGCGGUUCUUCAAAAGUUUUAUGAAAACCCUUUUUGGGACCCGGAGAGGAAAAUGGUGGACAAUGCGUACGUGGACCUAGAGUUUCCUUUUCAACCCUUGAGUGGACUCGAAGGAACCGGACCAUUCCGGUUCAAGAAUGAGAGAACUAUGAACUUGGAUGAUUAUUUUAUUUAUCUGAAAUCUUGGUCUGCGUAUCAGAAAGCUAAGGAGCAGGGGGUGGAACUUUUAACUCAAGGGAUGAUCGAGGAUUUUACGAGCGCCUGGAGUUCUGAUGGAGAAAACGGCUCGAAAUCAGUUAAUUAUCCUGUUUAUUUGAGAAUCGGGAAAGUAUAGGGGCGUGAUAUAAAAAAAAAUCAGAGGCUUUGAAUCGAACCUAGUAUUUUUUUUUCGGGCGUGACUGAACUUGAUUUGCCCGGAAGAGUAUUUUUUUUACAAUAAAGGUAAACAAAUUAUUAAAAUUAUCGUUGAGUUUUGAAUUGUUCUUUGGAGUUAUAUAAAUGUGUUUUGUUUGUUAAUUUUUAUGCACAUUGAACUGCGUUGAAAAGACAUUUUCUUGGAAUAUUUUGUAUCUUAAUGCCUUUUCACAUAUAAGUUUGUCAUGUUAUGAGAGUAUUUAAUGGUAGUAAUGUAAGUUAUAACUUUGAAAUGUAUCGGCUCAAUAGCAAUCUAUUUUAAUGAACUGUG